UACGACAAGUAAAGCAUUAAAACCCCCUCCAAAAUGGCUAGACACCAUGAGACGGUUUUCGCAAUUCUUCUGAUAAUUGUAACAAAAUCAAAUGCUGAUUUGGACAAUCUAAAUGUACCGUGCAAAUAUCUGGACUCGAUCAACAUAACAAAUGGGAUCAGGAAUACUGAUGACGACUCCAUUAUGUUCGAGGGCAUUUCAUAUCCCAAAACAUUACACGCAACUUACGAUUACGCAUUCAUAAAUGAAUCAUAUCGACAACGAGAAGCGCCACACGAACGAGGUUGCAUUUGUGCCAUGGAUCCAUUAAAGCCAUGUGUGCGAAUGUGCUGUCCGCGUGGACAAUAUUUGACACCAGGUUUGAAUGGAAGUUCUUGUGCUAAAAAUGAAAACGUUUUCAAUAUGUCUGUAACGGUUUCCGAUGGUGAAAGAUUCUCGGAAGGAAACAUUUUUGAUUUUUUUAAUUAUGUGGUGGGAAAACCUUGCGCCGGUAUUAAUAAGAUGGAACCAGCAGAGAGGCAAGAAGAUGUUUGGGUAUUAUUAAAGAACGGAACUAUUUUGAGGGGUGAUCCUAUAAUUGAGACUUUAGACAAAAACAAAUACUGUUUUACUGCCAUGGUAGGCAGUAAUGACACCUUCGAAACAACAUUAUUGACUUGUUUCAAGGAGCCAGAUCGAACAAGGGAUUAUUGGGUUUUGUGUGGAAUGUUCAUCAGCGUACCGUUUCUAGUAGCAACAAUAAUAGUCUAUACCAUUCUCCCUGAGUUAAGGAACGUGCACGGAAAAUCACUUGUGAGCUACCUAUGCGCAUUAGUGGUUGGAUACGUAACUCUUGCUUUAAUUAAACUAAAUGGAUCGACGUACAUCGAGCCAGUAUUGUGUCGCACGAUAGGCUACAUAACUUACUUUGCCUUUUUGUCUGCAUUCUUUUGGCUAAAUGUAAUUAGUUUCGACUUAUGGCGCAAUUUUUGCGGUAUUCACAGCAGACGAAGUAAUACCCAUGAUUUGAAAAAGUUUGUCUACUUCUCGCUAUAUGCAUGGGGAUCCACUAUGCUUAUGGUUGCGAUAUGUAUAGCAAUGGAUAAUUCCCCAAGUGUACCAACCGAUUUCCAGCCAGCAAUCGGAAUUCGCGAGUGCUUCUUAGGAACGUCACGAUGGUCACAAUUGCUGUAUUUGUAUUUGCCAAUCAUGAUGAUAAUGACCAGCAAUCUAAUUUUUUUUGUGUUGACUUCCUGGAAAAUUAGAAAAGUUCAAAUGGAAGUGGAGAAAAUGACCAAUAAAGCGGACAGUAAAAUUCAUCGAAAAAAUUUGGAUAAGGAAAGAGCCAAUCACGGACUUUUUAUGCGGCUAUUUAUAGUAAUGGGUGUAACAUGGUCUAUGGAACCGAUCUCAUGGAUAAUUUCACCAGAAGGAACGUAUUUCUAUCCAACAGAUGUGAUGAAUGCCAUACAAGGUGUUAUAAUCUUUUUCCUGUUCGUGUUGAGAGCAAGAGUAAAACAACUUAUGGUGAAAAGGUGGCAAAUAUGGCGAGGUAAACUACAAUCGAAAAGGAGUGUAACAACAACACGAAACUCUGCCACCGGCGUCACUAUUAUGGACGACAACAAUCAUACCGAUGUGGAAAUGACGUCGAACAAUUAGGGGUACACAAAAAAAGGCUAUAAGCCUCGCCAUAAGCACUAUUUUGUCUGCACGUAAAUGUUAAAGUUAACCUCUAAAGUCACCUUGUUGUCUUCUAAUUUUAAAUGAUCACUCAUGUGAGUCACAUUAUUUUACCUUAUUAUACGUAUUGUGUUAAUUAACUGAGAACUUCAGUCUGAAAUUGUUGCAUUACAAAU